AUGGACUUUAAUGCCGUUGCAAAAGAAUUUGUGCAAUAUUAUUAUGGUGUUUUUGAACGAAACCGAGCUGAAUUGGCAUCACUUUAUCGGGAUCCAUCUAUGCUUACCUUUGAAGGUAACCAAUUUCAAGGUGCAGGGCCUAUUGUUCAGAAAUUGACGACUCUACCUUUUCAGACUGUAGCGCAUAAAAUAACCACCUUGGAUGCGCAGCCUGGUCCUGCGAAUGCUCUAUUAGUGGUUGUGACAGGUGAAUUACUGAUCGAUCAGGAAACAAAUCCAACAAGAUUCACACAAGUAUUUCAACUGAUUUCCGAGGGAAACACAUACUGGGUUUUUAAUGAUGUCUUCCGCCUCAACUAUGGAUAA